CACGGAAAUUGUUUUCAGGUUCAUAAGACAACUUCAAAGCUCUGUGAUGACAAGAAAGAAGACAUGUUUUCUUGCCUUUAAAACACCCAUAACGUGCGCAGGUUCAGGCUUCAGAGUGGGACUGUUCUGAAGACAUUAAUAAGUUCCUAUCAAACUACCAGUUUCCAGAUGAUACCAUGGCUAAGGGUCUUAUACUCACAUAUACUCUAUGGGCAGUGGGUGGACCUCUGGGCCUGCACCACUUGUAUUUAGGAAGAGACAGCCAUGCCCUAUUGUGGAUGCUUACUCUUGGUGGAUUUGGAGUUGGCUGGGCAAGAGAGUUCUUCCGCAUCCCAGCGUAUGUGAGUGAAGCCAACGCAGAGGCAGACGGCCACAGAAAGAGACCACGCGAUGCUGAGCCCCCACCGGCCAGCUCUGCACGCUUUGCAGGGCAGGUUUGUGUGGGUAUUUAUUUUGGAACAGUGGCUUUAAUUGGCCUUAGCUCUCUCGACUUCUUCUACUUGAUUGUGCUUCCUCUGUCUGUGGGUGCUGGUGUGCACCUUGUGUCCAAUGUUGGUUCACAGACAUCUGACCUGCAGAAGACACUCACUACUUGCCUCAUCACCUCCCCCGUCUUCUAUGGCAGCAGCAUCGCCCCUCUGCCCAUCAGUGUCGCCGCUAGUUUUACAGCCGCACAGCACCGCAGAUUCAAGACAACACAGCCACCGCAACCACUGGGCCCACGUCUCUUUCGUCUGAGCCUAGCCUUGCUGGCUUUCUCAGCUCCCUUGGGUUACUGCAUUUUCCACAACACUACUGCCACUCUGUACUACAUCUCAGACUGUGUGGCAUCCAUAUUGGACAUGUUCUGGUUUCUUCCAUGGCUUAGAAGUGUUUUGGAGUUCUUCCUGCUGUUACCGUACAGAAUGCUAUGCAUGCUGACAGGGGGAAUAGGAUAUAGUGAGGAGGCCUGGAAGAAAGUGCUAGAGACUCUGCUCCAACAUUACACUGAAAGGGAGAGACUGGCACUCAACGUGCUGUCUAUGAAUGAAGAAGCCACUCCAGAGGAGAUUACUCUUCGAUACAGAGAGCUGGUAAAAAUAUGGCACCCAGAUCACAACUCUCACCAGCCUUUAGAAGCUCAGAAGAUGUUUAUUAAAGUCCAGGAAGCCUAUGAGACUCUUCUUCACAGACAUAGGCCGCGACGAAAAAGAUGACUUUCCCCCUAAAUAAAGAGAAAGAACCUUCCAAUUACAUAAUACAUGAUGUCUUUUAAUUUCCUAAGGCUGGGUCAGUCCAUUGAUGUUUAUUGUGGAAAGUCCACUCCAGAUAAUAACAUCCGAAAUAACUGUGAAGAAGGAUAACCAAA